AAAAGUAUUCGUUGAGGAAGUAGCUACGCGGUCCAGAUUGUAGCACAGUCAUGCUCUUUUACAAACUACAAUAUUUGGCGUUAUAAUAAGAAAAGAAAAGCGUAAGUAACCGUAACCCAGACGCGCUUUGAGUUUUACGCACAAACAACAUCCUGUAAGUUCAUUUGAGGUCGGACGAGAGACGGCGACAUGUCCCGCGGCUCAAACGCAGGCUUUGACCGACACAUCACCAUAUUUUCACCCGAGGGCCGCCUCUACCAAGUCGAGUAUGCCUUCAAAGCCAUCUCCCAGAGCGGACUGACCACAGUGGGGGUGCGGGGGUCUGACACUGUAGUGGUGGUCACACAGAAGAAAGUCCCUGACAAGCUUCUGGAUUCGACCACUGUGACCAACAUGUUCAAUCUCACGCCCAGGAUCGGCUGUGUGAUGACCGGACACAAUGGGGACAGUCGUUCCCAGGUGCACAGGGCUCGAGUGGAGGCCGGGGAGUGGAAGUAUAAGUUUGGUUAUGACAUCACUGCAGACGUGUUGUGUCGGAGACUGGCUGAUAUCUCACAGGUCUACACUCAGAAUGCAGAGAUGAGGCCACUGGGCUGCUGUAUGAUAUUAGCAGCCAUAGACCCCCAGCAGGGCCCUGUGCUGUAUAAGUGUGACCCAGCUGGUUAUUACUGUGGAUUCAGGGCCACAGCGGUCGGGGCUAAACAGACAGAAGCUAACACUUACCUGGAGAAGAAACUCAAGAAGAAACCUGAGCUGACCCAUGACCGCACUGUGCAGAUGGCCAUCUCCUGUCUGUCCACAGUCCUGUGUCUGGACUUUAAGGCCAACGAACUGGAGAUUGGAGUGGUCACCAAAGACAAACCUAAAUUCAGAACACUCACAGAGGCAGAGAUUGAGGCACAUCUCAUCACCAUCGCAGAGCGGGAGUAGUUGGUCAUGUUAGAAUUUGACAUUACAUUUUUAUCAGAUUUUAUUUUCACCAUCAAAUGACACAUUAACCCAACUCUACAAACUCAAUAAAAGCAAUUCACAUGA